GGCCAUUUGUAGCCGGAGCGGGGCUGCUGCCGCUUUCACUCUGCUCGCAGCUGCCGCGCCGAAAAGGAGGAGCCUGCAGCUGGCAGCUGCCCCCGAGCCGCUGCCGCCGCCUGGGCUCCUCGCUCGCGCCUCCCUUGGCCGGAGUCCCCCCUCGCUGGGCCUGUGGCGGUGGCAGCCCCCGGAGCGGCGAGGCGGCGGCCAGCGACCCCCUAGCCCGGGCCGGGAGGUGCCCGCGGCGCCCCUUGCUCGCCUUCGCCUGGCCUGGGCUCCUCCUCGAUGGCCGCGGGCUGCCGGGACGGCCCGGGGCAGGAAAAGUACCGUCUGGUGGUGGUGGGCGGCGGCGGAGUGGGCAAGUCCGCGCUCACCAUCCAGUUCAUCCAGGUGAGGGGCCUGCGGGGGGGGGCGGCGGCGCCUCUUGCUGUGCUUCGCCAGGGUGGGGCGGCGGCGGCGGCGGCCCCGUCAGGCGGCCGAAGCCCCCUCCCCUUCCUCCGCGGGGCUGCCUGCAGGGUGGGGGCCCCCUUGGGGCGUGUGGGGAGCCUGCGCGCGCCUGGACGGGAGACGCUGCUGGGAGGGGCGAAGCUCCUCUCGCCUCCUGCCCGGGGAGGCCUGUGGCGCUGCUCGGGGCCAGAGGAGCCUGGACGGGGUGGCUGGGGGCGAAGGGAGGGGUUGCCCGCUGGCUUGACGGCGACGCUGCUCCUGGGGCCUGGGAGCUCGCACAGCCGGGGGUGUGUGUGUGUGUGUGUGCCGCUGGUUGGGUCCUGCUCCCCGCGCCAACUUCGACGGGGCGGCCGUGUUCUGCGAGACGUUUUUCUGCCCGUUGCUUCCGCGCGGCUCUGCGAUCUCGGACUGGAUGUGGGUCCGUCCCCUGGGCGCUGCCGCGUGCGCCUUCCUUGAAUAAGUGCCCCCCAAACUCGGCGGGGUUUACUUCCGAGGAAGCCCACCGGCCACCGAGGCUGCUUCCCGUAGCUUCAGGCUCUGUCGGCGCGAAAUCUCUGCUCUCGGAUGCCUUUCCAGGAAUUUGCUUUGCAACAGGUAUGUUCCUUUAAGCGCUGUCUGGGAACCGGCCGCGUUGGCAGCCAAUGAGCUUUGGCGUGUGUUCAAAGAUGUUUUGACUUUUUGCUUACAUCAUACUUGAUGGAACAAAAUCCUUCCAAGCAAAGGCGAUGCGUUAAGAAGCUCUCUUCCUUCUUAAUCCCGCUUCUGGCAGGUGACGGGCGCGUUACCUCUGCCCAGGUAACCUCUCCUAAAGAGGUAAUGCUUAUUGAGCUCUAAAGUACGUAUUAUUUGCGUAGGAGAGUAUCGGCAUCUGCUUGAGGGCAUAUAAGUAGGAAAAUACUUUGUGAUAAAGUGGAAGCCGCUGCUUAAAAGGAAACGGAGGGAAAAAAGGCCGAACACUUACAUAAAAAAAGCCCUUGAUGCAAUGUUUAUUUAAGGUUUUCAGCCUUGAUGUAAUGUUUGCUUAAGGCUCUGAAUGGAUGAGGAGAUUGACUGCUCUUGUUCCGCGUACCCAAGCCCUGUAGGGCACGAGGACCUUGAAUUGAAGUGUGCCUUCCACGUUUAUGUGUUGAAGUGGGAGGAAAAUGGUCUCUUACCAAAGUAACAAUUUCAGGAUGUCUUUUGUGUGUAUUUUAUUUUUAUUAUUUGUUUCAGAACAUUCAUAUGCUCCUUGGUCGCAGUAAAACCUCAAAGGAGCUUGCAAAAUAACUGUGUGCAUAUGUUGAGGGUAAACUAGGGACAGGAAAUAAAAUUCUUGUUAUAUAGGCAGUAUAAGGCAGCUGAAGUUAUGUUGCAGUAGAGGGGAUGGGAAGGAGGGUGGUGGUCUGGUGGUUGUGCACAGAAAAGCUGAGUUUCAGCUAAGGUGACCUGGCAUUGUUGGGAAUUGUGAAUGCUUGGGAAGCAUGAUUUGUAUAUGCUUGGAAGAGGUAGUAGAAAUAUUAGAUUCUGUAUCGUAUUUAGCUCAUUUUGCAAUAGAUGGAUAUGGAAAAGACAGGUUGAAUCUGUGCAGCUUUGCACUUGGAGCACAAAAUUUGUGACUAUUAGUUCAGGGCAGCCAUCAGGCACUUCAUACUAUUUGCAUAUGUCUUUCACUGUCUCUAACUCAACUGGCAUAUUAAUGACGAAUUCCACAGCCCCUUUGAAAGAUAAAUUGAAGCCUAUUGCUUGCACGGCCGCAUUCUGAAGAUGGGAAAACUGUUAGAUUAGUUCAUGGAAUGUAUAAAAUGCACCCCCAAACUUGUCUUUAUCUAGGAUUUGAAAUAAUGAACUUCUGUUUAAGCCUGCAAGACUAUGCAAAUUUUACUGGGUCGAUUCCAUUGAACACAGUGGUACUUACUUUUGAGUAAGCACACUCAGAAUUGAAAUGUAUCUGACGGUUGCUGUGUUGUGACUCUCUUCUGAUUUCAUUUUGACUGACGGAGAAAAAAAUGGAAGCCAAAGUGCAGCCAUAAAAGUAUCCAUUUACAGCCCUGCUUUGAGUUAAAGGGCUGUUUAUGGUCAUCUACACAUAAUGUUGGGUUUGUUCAUCAGUUUGAAUAUCUGCUGUCUUCUACUGCUGUUGUAUGGUAGCAAAGACCUGAAUAGCUUGCCUUUUCUGAAAUGCUGGGUUUAGAAUAAUUGUAAUCCCAUUUUGUGCGGCUUAUUGGUGGAUAUUUGCCAGUGGAUGGAGAUAAUUAGUUUAUCCCUGCAUGGCUGAAGCUACAGUUGACAGAUUACCAUUCAGACUUUGUAUAGUUUCCAUAGAUAGUACUGUCUGGAUGCUGACUAUGGCUAUAUAUCCCCCUGUGUAGUUUUACAUUCCAGACGGGUGGGCAUGUCAGUCUGCUGUGGCCAAAACAACUUUGGUUUUAUGGCACCAUUAAGGCUAGCAGGGAUGCAAGCUUUUGUGGGCUAGAUGCAUCACUUGGUUUCCAAAGUUGGUUUUUGACACAGUGAGGCCAAAAGAGUACAUAGAAUCAUACUCCAAAAUUUAGUGCAGUAAGCCUCCACUGUUGUGCCAUUAAAAUAUCUAAAUCUACAUACCUGCAUUUAGCAAAGUACAUGUGACUUUAGAUGAGAUCAGAGCAGCUGGAUUUAACGAUUGACUUUAAAUUCCUGAUGCUGAUGAGCUGAUACUGCUCAUUAGAUUUCACUCGGGCAACACAGAGUCAAAAGCAAUCUGAGUUGCUUUCUAGAUAGAAAUGAGGAAUAAGUGAGCUAUUCUGUAUCUUAUUUUUUUUAAUGGUGAGCUAAAAUGUGUGUAUUGGGUUUCCGAAUAUGCUCUAAUCAGCUAUGUGAAGAUUUCCCGAAAGUUUUGUUCAGGCAAACAUCUUAAUUGACUUCAAAUAAGUUUUGCUCACCAUAGCCAAUUAAAGUACUCUAAACUCAGUUUGCUUUGUCUAGGCUUGAGGCAAAAUAGAACAUUUCUAGUUCUACUUUUGAUGUAACUUGCAUAGCACUUAGUGCAAGUUGAUGUGUGAUUUCAUGUUGCUGUGGUACAAGGGGAACAUACACAGUGGCAAAAUGUUCUACUUUGCUCUUGGGCAAUGCUUAGUAAGGCUGCUGCUUUCAUUGCAUGUGAAACCCUGUGAGUAAUGAUAAAGGUCUGAUAUAACGCGCUAGUGAAUCCUCAGAUGUACUUGCACAACCUUUGCCAGAUAACACAGCCCAUCUACAGUGGGAUUUGGGGGGCUUAACCUAGGUGCUCGGCUGCAGGAGUAUCAUGGCUUUCAUAAAGCCCUGUGCCUUGAAAUUGCUUUGCAGUGCAUACAGAACUCUCUUCUGAAAGCUGGCUGCUGUGAAAGUGCAGCUGUGCUUGCAUUGGUGGCAAUCUUUGUCCACACUGCAUAGUAGUAGCACAACAACUGUACCUGUCAUCGGCAACUGCCUUUUAUAGCAAUGCAUCACUGUGGACUAAAGCUACACAAGCUGAGUGUUGUGUUGCGACUACUCAGCCAAGCUUAUUUUACAAACGCCUUCACCCUCUGCUGCAGCAAUCAAAACUGACUUUCUUAAACGUUGUAAGGUUAGUCAGCCUGGACAGUGGCUUCAUAGUAACAGCAGAAAAAUCUAGAUCAUUUUUUUUGGGGGGGGGUGUUCAUGGUACCCUUAAUCAUGCCAAGCAUUUCACAAUGCAUUCAUUGUCCAAGUAGCAAGUCUCUUCAUAAUUGAUGCUGUAACCACUAUAAACAUUCAUUUAGUUCUUCUAACUGUAAGCCAGGGUCUCUCCGGGGCUAGAUAAAGUUAUCACUACUGUACAAACUAACCCCAGUUCCUUUCUGUAGCAAGAGCUGGGAGGGGAGGGAGGAAAGAGACACUGUCAUCUUUCUGGCAGGGAAGACAAGAAUGAACUAAUUGUGUGAAACAUCCCAGGAGUGUAUAAAACUUGGCACUUGCUGAGCGGUGUCCAGAUCCACAGUGUGACCUCUUAACAGUGCAAAGAGUGUCUUGCCAUUGGGAGUAGAUGUAGCUUGCUGCUGGAUUCAGAGGCAGGUGUUGUUUUAGGUUUUAAUAUAUGAAACUUUGCGUCAACUGCAGAUUUUCAUUGCUGCCAUGCCCCUGUGCAGCAUUCCACUAUGAGUGUAUCAGUGCCACAUCCUCAUCUUCUAGUCUGUCCUGGUCAUACUAGACUGAAGUUCUCAUUCUCGUUCAUUUUUUGUUAUGGAUUGAAGCAGCAAGAAGAUGAAAUGUGAAUAUAUGAAAUUCAUAUAGUCAUAGCUGUAACAAACAGCAGCUUCCAUUGCUUUAUGUAUUUAUUUAUUUAAAUAAUUAUAUUUCACUAUUCGUUUAAAAAUGUCAGUGGCUUUCAGCAAUUGUGCAUGGCACCAUACAACAACUAUAUUAGAAGUUAAAAUCAGAAAUCAGCUAACUGUUGUGGAAAGAUUGCCUGUAUGAGCCUGAUGAAAUAGAAAAGUUUUCAGCAGGCAUUUAAAACUUGGCUCAGAACGCACCCACUGAAUCUCUUUUGGCAGAGUAUUCUAUAGGACUGGGCUGAUGACACCACUAAUGGUUUGGUUUCUUGUUGUUGUCAAAUGAGCCUUGCCAACUCUUGGAGCAACUAACAAUGCUCCUGCAGGAUAAUCUCAGUGAUUGAUUACUGCUUAAUUGUUGGAGCAGUAAGGAAAAGUACUAGCAGCAUCACUUGGCUUAGCUUUAUCUGUUUAAAGUUAAUAUAGCACUUAGUUCAUAGCAUGCUUUUUCGGCAUGCAGGAGAUCUCUACACCCUCCAGAUUCAACUCACAUCAUUCCUGACUAUUGCUCAUACUGGCUGGGAGUUGUAGUUCAAAGCAUUUGAAGGGCACCUUGUUGGGGAAGGCUUCUGUAGGCGUAGGUCAUUGAUCAUAUUCAGUUCCACAGGUGCAGUAAUUGAUUGCACUUGAGACUUUGGGCACUCCCACUGGAUCUGCAUAACAUUUCUCAUAAGAGGUGCAGCUACUUCUGCAGUAAGUGGUAUAGAUCCUUUGAACUCUGUAAUUUCCAAAUUGGUUACACCACUGACAUACUGUAAGAAAUUAAGCCUGGAAUUCAAUGCACUCUUACUUGGGAGGCAAGCUUUACUGAGUGAAGUAGGAUUUAUGUCUGAGUAAAUGUGCUUUUCUUCUGAGUUCAAAAUACCCCACCCGAAAAGGAAAUUGUGCUCUUUGUGGCUGCAAAGAUCCUGACUGGAAUAAGGGAUGAAACUGACCUAAAGCAAUGACUUAGAAGGAAAUCCAGGAAAUAGAUUUCUCCAAAGGCAAAUACUUCCAAGAGAGACAGAUAUCUGCAAUGGGGAGGCAGUUUCCUUCAGAAAAGGCCAGCCAAAAUGAUAAGGGGGUGGAGCAACCCCACUUUGAGGAAAGGGUGCAGCAUUUGGGGCGUUUCAGUUUAGACAGAAGUGUACAGUGGUACCUUGGGUUAAGAACUUAAUUCAUUCCGGAGGUCCAUUCUUAACCUGAAGCACCACUUUAGCUAAUGGGGCCUCCUCCUGCCGCUGUGCAGCUGCUGUGCGAUUUCUGUUCUCAUCCUGAAGCAAAGUUCUUAACCCGAGGUACUAUUUCUGGGUUAGCGGAGUCUGUAACCUGAAGCGUCUGUAACCUGAGGUACCACUGUAUAGAAUUCUGCAUCGCAUGAAGAAGCUUUUCUCCCUCUCUCCUAACAGUAGAACUCAUGGGGGGCAUCCAGUGAAGAUGAAUGUCGAAGGAUUCAGGGCAGGUAGAAGAAAGUACUUCUUCACACAGCACAUAGUUAAACUGUGGAACUCACUUCCACAGGAUGCAGUGGUGGCCACCAACAUGGAUGGCUUUAAAAGAAGACUGGAUAAAUUCAUGGAGGAUAAGGCUGUCAGUGGUUACUAGCUAUACUUUGGAGGCAGCAAUGCUUCUGAAUACCAUUUGCUGGAAACCACAGCAGGGGAGAAUGCACUUGUGCUCAGGUCCUGCUUGUGCAUUUCCACAGGCAUCGUGUUGGCCAGGAUGCUGGGCCAGAUGGACUGUUGGCCUGCAUUUAUUUCAUAGCAAUUCCCCCCCCCCCCCGAAGAUUUAAAAUUGUCCUGCUAGUGCCAAUGCAGAUAAAGUCCAUCUUUAUUAUGCCCAUAUUGCAGAAGGUGGGGCUUUGCAGUUGCUGUCCUUACUGCAGAAAGAUGUCAAGUCCCACAGGGCCCUAGUCUCUUGCGACAGAGCGUUCCACCAGAUUGGAGCCACAGGCGAAAAAGCCCUGGCUGUAGUUGAGGCCAGCCUAACCUCUCUGUGGCCUGGGACCUUCAGGAUGUUUUUGUUUAAAGACUGUAAGUUCCUCUGUGGGACAUACCAGGAGAGGCGGUCCCGUAGGUACGAGGGUCCUAGGCCGUAUAGGGGUUUAAAGGUUAAAACCGGCACCUUAAACCUGAUCCUGUACUCCACCGGGAGCCAGUGCAGCUGGUAUAGCACCGGGUGAAUGUGAUCCCGCAGCGAGGACCCUGUAAGGAGUCUCGCAGUGGCAUUCUGCACCCGCUGGAGUGCAGAAUGCCUUCUGCAACUUUGCCUUCUACAAAAUAACCAAAAACCAUGUCCAUAUUCACAACAACCCUGAAGUGUAAUCCAGCAUUACCCUGUCUUGUGUGUGUUCUAGAGAAAUGUUGUUGGAGGGGCAGUAACAUUGAUUGCAGCAGCAGUGCACUUAAGGCUAGGGAAGGAGGGUGCAGGGAGCCUGGGGAACAAACAAACAAACAAAAAAUAGCAGGUGGAAAUAUAUAAUCUGGAUGGUCAUGCAUAGACAGCAGGUCUGCCUGCUGCGAAACAAUGGAGGAAUAGACCUGGCAACAACCAGUUUCUCAAGAGGCAGGUCUGCUCACACCUCACUGCCCCACAGUCACCAGGUCUACCAGAAAUGGAAGAAGUGUUCUUGGAUGCUUCUUCUGUAAUAGGCACAUUUAUUUUCUUGUUUAUUUUCUUGGGAAUAUUUACUUUGGAAAAAUUCCCAUGACCACUAGGCGGUAUGCAACUAAGACAUGCUCUGAGCAGAACCAUAAAAAAAACAAGUCGCUUAAGUUUGUUGCUUUCGUAGAUUCCGAAGGAUCUAUUCCUGAGUAUGGCUGAUUUUGGAUAUCCCCUGUCAAAUCUGCAAGAGCAGAGUGCACCUCCAAUUUGAUCCAAGGGGAGGAAGUGUUCCUCCAUUCCCAGAACAACCUGAAUUAAGCACAACUGAGAUCAGGGUAGCUAUUUCAAUCUGAGGGGCUAAGUGCAAAGCUGCCUGAGAUGCAAUUAGCCACUGGUGUUCUUGAAUAUCCAAAUCCCAGCAAAUUGCUUGGAAAAGCAACCUGAAUAGACUCUUUGCUUUAGCCUGGGAUAAGGUAGGGAUAAGUUGCUUUGUGGUGUUGGUUAUGUUAUAGAAUGCAUGCAGCUGCUGCAGAGCUUUCCCCCAGCUGUCGUGCACCGGUUUGUCACAAUAUACCCUGCAUUUUCUUCCCACUUAACCCUCUUAACUUUCUGAGUUUCUGUACCCAAAGGAAUAGGGGUUAGUGGAUCCUCAACUGUUCUUUUUUUUUUUAAAAAAAAGGGGAAACUGCAAACAGUUGCUUGCUUCCUAGUUCAUUUAGGCUUAAAUUGAACAGUUUGUAGCUAUUAAUUAGAAGCAAUAUUCCAAAAGUACACUUGUCUGUGUAUACAAAAUGUUAGAAAUGUGUUGCUUCAUGUUUGAUUUUUCUUUAAAUUGCAUGUGUAGAACAGCAGUUAAAGAAAAGUUUUUAAACUUGUUUUGAUUUUUUAAAGUUUAUGUAACCUGCCCUGAGACCUUGCAGCAAAGGGUGGGAAAUAAAUAAAUAAUAAAAGCUCAUUGUUGUGCACUCUGCUGAUUAGCUCUAGUUAAUUUAAUAUCCCCAGUGAUAGUGAAUCUGAAUCUCGUCCUCUGUCGUCCCCUUCUCCUUGUGCCCUCAAUCUUUCCCAACAUCAGGGUCUUUUCCAGGGAGUCUUCUCUUCUCAUGAUGUGGCAAACCAACAAAUCCUAAAUAGGUAAAAUUCCUCUUUUAUAAAGCAUGUGUUUGUUUUGACACACUAUUUUGACCAGAGUCACUGUUACUGGUGUUCCAGCUUAGACUAUCCAGAUAAGAUACAAUUUACUUCUAUUUCUGAAGCAGGUGGUAAUGUAUAUUGGGGCUGGGCGAUAUAUUGAUAUAUUGUCCAAAACUGGUUAGAAGUCCAUAUUGUGAUAUCAGUUGCAUAAUUUUUGACCUGGCAAUAUAUCACAAAUCAUUGUGUGUGUGUGUGUGUGUAAGCGCGCACUUUGCAAAAAUCACGAUGUGGGAAAAACCAUGAAACCAGUCAAUGCCUCUAUACAACUCCAUUCUUAUUUCAGACAUUGUGAUAUAUUGGUAUAUCACGGUGCCACGUGACUAGACUAAAAGCCGAAAGGGGUCAAAAUAGUGUGUGUCCCCCCAAACCAGAGGCUCUUCUGGUUAAGCAAUAGCCACAAGACAUCAUGGAUUUCUUGAUUAGAGAAUGGCAGUUAACACCUACCAUACUUUCACACUGUAUAUUGCCUGAUUCCAAGGGAUAUCCAUGUUUCUUGGCUAUCACAAUCAUACUGUUACAUUUGUUGCAGAACUGCUUCUGGGAGCCUCAUAUUCCAGAUGAACUAUCUGGAACACACAGGCUCUGUCUGUGUAGGAGGCUCCAGGUUCUUGGACAGCUGGGCUGCAUGAGAGCUGUUUCAAGAUGGACCCAUGUUUAAAUAAGGUAGCUUAAUAUAUUCAUCAAUUUAAGAGCUCCCGGUUUGCCAGCUUCAGUAAUGAUGUUCAAUCAGGAGUGGAAUCUGUCUUAUUGAUCUUGCUAUGUUUAUAUAUUUCCUUCAAGGAGCACAAGAUGCCCUCGUGUCUUGCAGAAGUAGUGACCUCUUCUUUAAGGGGCCUUCUAAAAAGCAGGCAGUUUUGAAACUUUGCAUUGUUUUUUGAACAGGUUUGUUGCGAUGGGGUAAAGGAAGUGGUUAAAGCUUGUUAAAACUUAGCUAAAAAUAUCAGUGGAGGUUUUUGGUUGCAAUCCAUGCCUCUUGAAAGGAAGCUUUAAAACCCUGUAUCAGAAGGACUGAGUGAUUGUCAUUUAAACAAACAAAACAGAAGUUUGGAUUGCAACUUACGCAGAUAACUGCAACAGCACCAAAUAACGAUGUGGUAAUGCUUGGGGGAGAGUUUGCUAACUAGAUAGCACCAGAGGGCUCAGAGUUUGAAAGAGAUCCAUGUUUACUGCUACAGACUGUGCCACUUGAAAGAUCAGAGAAUAUUUUUCUUGUAUGUAGGGGGCGGCACCAGCCUUAUAUUUACAGCCAGCAAAUUAUAACAAUCAUGGAGUGAAUUGUGUGUGAGGUAACUUUAAAUUGAGGUAUUUUCUGCACAGAAGUGGAUAAUACUCAUUUCAUACACCCACUCAGGGCUUUUUUUCCAGCCGGAACUUGCUGGAACUCAGGUGGGUGCCACUGCUAUUCUAAGAGAGCAAGGGAGGUGUUCGUGGUGAGUUGCGGCACCUCUGCACUCCACCCACUAAUUAUAUUUAUGUGUCUUGCUUUUAAGUGAAUUUCUUAUUGUGUAAUGGCGAUGAGUUUCAAUUGUAUUAUGUCUCAUUGAAAUCAGUUAUGAUGAAGGGUAAAUUAGAAAUGUUCUAAAGAUGAAUGGAUGAGGUGCAGCCUUAUUCCCAGUUGGAGAUGGGCAGUGAAGUGGUGGAUUGCCGCUGAAUUUUCACACUGCUUCUGAGGAACGUGGAGCCUCUAUAACUGGGGUCCCCAAACUAAGGCUUGCGGGCCGGAUAAGGCCCAAGGGACUCGUUUAUCUGGUCCGCGGUAACCCCCGCGGCCCACUGCCACCACCUGCUCUUACCAGCGCUGCGCUGUGCGGCUGCCCGCUUCUGGGUCGGAGGAAUACUGGAAAUGGCUUGGGUGCAUGUGCAAGCAUUAUUUCUGGUGCACAUCGGGUCAGAGGAGGCCUGUGCACAUGCUAGUUCUGGUGCUCCUCUGACCUGGAAGUGCACUGGAAAUAGCGUGUGCACACGCGCUCCCCCGCGUGAUCGGCGCUGGAAACACCGGCCUGAGGUGUGGUACGUUUGCUGACCUCUGCUCUAUAAAGUGUACUGGGAACAUUCCCCUUUCCGGCUGUAAAGAGACCUGGAACUCACCAAAGGCAGGAAGGGAUGCUUAGAACAAUGAGUGGUAGAAAUCAAAUCUGUUGACUCUUUGUUUUUUUAAUGACAACUAAAUCCCCUUUGUAGAGCCUAUGAGCCUCUGGCAAGUGAUGGCUGUAAAUUCACGUGCGAACACCACGUUAGCUCUAUAAACAGGUAUGUGUUGUAAUGGGUAUUGCCAGUGACAUGUCUGUGCAUCAAUUUCAAAAGUUUGUAGCUAUAUUAAGAUAGUUUCAGUUUUUCAGUAUGAAAACACAAAUUUUUCUAGCGAGUCAGGGUAGUAAAAUGGCACUAUAUAGUCAGACCACUUCCCUUUGGGGUUAAUCUGGUAACUCCCUGGCAUGCUGCAUUCCAUUCAUUUUGUAGUUAACUCAAGCAUGUCCUUCCACUACUACUUUAAGCUGCAACCCAAGAGGUUUGGAGAUCCUGCCUUCUUGAAAAGGGUCUUUUGUUUGUUAGAUGGGAAUUGAUAAAGAGCGAUAACAAGAGAAUGCCAUUUUUGUCUACAGAACUGCACAUUGGGUUUUUUGGACGAUCCUCACCAGUUUGGGAGGUAAAUCUGUAGGGGUGAGGGUUAGAGCUUGGAUGAGCAACAUAGCUUUAAAUAGGUGUCCUGAUGAGCUCUCAAAGCUAAGUUUGACUUUGCAGUGAUAUUUUAAACAGUUUUAUGAAUUUGAGAAAGCUCGAGCUAUUUCAAAACAUGUAAGAGUUUGUUAUAUCUGAAAGGAUACAUUGGAAUUGAUUUUCUGCUAGCAAAGCUUGGAAGCUGUGAAGGGAGUGAGUUGAGUAUGCCAUAUUUGCGCAAAUGGGAUAAUUUGCACCAAACGACUGAACAAAUAACAGAGUGAGAGAGAGCACCCAAAAUAUGCUUGGCUGCCACUCAACUAAAUGGGACCUCAGCGCACAUACCUGUGUGCUGGAUGGGCCAAGCACUCGAUUGUAGACUUCCUUCAUACAGAUAGCAGUGUUUAUCCUUUAUGCACAGCCACAGCACUCCUCCAGCUACAGGGUGACAGCUGUCAGUGCUUUAAUAGUUUGGUUUCAUGCCCUAUAAUUACAGCAAACCUGCUGUUGGAGAGAAGGGAGCAGGAAAAACAAUCCUCCUCUUCUUCCCCACUUCUUCAUGGUAUACUUAAGGAAGAUCAAGCUGUCAAGAGGCUUGCCUUCCACUGACCUUUAUUAAGCAAGGGCAUAAUACUCUGUACCUUCUCCCAUCUGGAAUGUCGCAGUAUGGAAGGAGCUGAAUUUGCCUCUUGGUUAACAAUGUGUUGAAACAGCCUUUUAAAAAGUGCAGUGUGUGUGGAGAGAAUCGGUGUGCUUGGAUAGCAGUUGCUGUCCUUACUGCGUGUCCUGGAUGCAUAGGAGUGAGAGAUGUGCUACAAUGAGUUCCUUAUCCUAGACAACAAACCUCUUGCAGGAAUUGUCCAGUGGUGAUUUGGAAGGUGAAGCAGAAGUGGGUGAGGAAGGUGGAGGGGGCAUUGUCGAAAGGGGGAGGGGUAGAGGGUGAAGACUAAACAUUGUGACAGCUGCACAAAUGGCAGAAAUCAACAGGUAAAUUUGUACCUUAUGGAAAGUACAGCGAUGGGGAAAGUUGCUGUUGUUUUUCUGCCUGCUGUGCGAUUGUUAAAAAGGCUCAAAAGCAUCUACCCCUUUCAAAAAUUGGCAACUCUAAAAGUGCUCAAAUUGCAACAUGUUGCAAUGAAGGAUUAAUUUCUAGCUCUCCAUUCCAAAUAGGUAAUAAGUGGGCUACACACAUUAGCGAUCUGAUUUUGGGUUUGAUCAUUAAAGAGGCCAAUAGGUAAAGCUGGAGUGUGUACACUUUUGGGUAGCUUCUCCAAAAAGACAGCAAAGCUCCAUCCAGUGUUGGGUGAAGCAAGGAAUGUGACCCUUGCCUUUGGACAACCAACUCCAUUCUAGUCAUAAGUUUCUACACCCCUCAUCCCUUCAUCCUUCAUCCAGGGAAGAGGCACAACUGUAGUUCAAGAACAGGUUAAACCCAGGCAAAAACACUUAAGGAGGGUGCAGAGCACUUAAGGAGGGGCAUGGCAUGGGGAGAGUCCUGAGGGCCACAGGUAGAAUGGCCUGGAAGGCCACAUUCAGUCCAAGAGUCUACUCCCCUGCAAUACAGCACUUUCAUAGAUGCUAACUCUGUGUUCUUUCAUUUACCAAAAGCAAAAAAAGUGCCAAACAACUCCUCUCAGAGCUAGUUCUGUGGCACAAGUGCACAGCUGACAGCUCACCAGGUGUCUCAACAGAAAUAGUACUUGCUUACACACACACACACACACACACACACACACACAAAAUUUAAACUGAUAACUUUUAAAGAAAGUGAACAUAAUAACCAGUGUGCAUUUGGGAUUCUCUUCUGUUUGAUAUUCUGUAGAAGCUUCUCUUAAAAUACUUCUAAGUAGUUUAAUUUGGAGCUCAGAGGCACCAAUACCCAGCUGUAUGGCUGCUACAGGCAAGCUUUCAUUUGACCAACAAAUACAUGUUAAGCUUGGGAGCAUUUAUUAUAUGUUAAGCAUUGCUUCUCCUUUGCUCAUGGAAAUUGGGCUGCCUGCAAUAGCAAACAAAUGCAUUAUCUCCUCCUGUCUCAGUUCCUAUGAGUUCUUGCUGUAGAAACCUCUCAUGUGCUAACGGUCCACACCGGGUCUGGAAAGUGGUACUCAUUCUGGGCAGCAAGCCUAGUCCAACUGGGAAAUGAUCUCUUUGUAGAUUUAACAAUUAUAGUUUUAUAUCUGGCUAGGUGCAAGUGUGUAUGUAUGUAUAAUUAAAAGAUGUAUGUGUAAUUAAAAGGGGCAUUCCUGGAAGUGGUGAUCCAGAAGGCAAUGCACUAUGACAGGCAUCGGCAAACUGGGCCCUCCAGAUGUCUUGGGACCACAACUCCCAUCAUCCCUGACCACUGGUCCUGUUAGCUAGGGGUGGUGGGAGUUGUAGUCUCAAAACAUCUGGAGGGCCCAGUUUGCCUAUGCCUGCACUAUGCAGUAUGAAAUAAGUACUUGCUAGCAGUUGACUGGCAUUUUAUAUUUCAAAUAAAUCCAAAAUUUAGAAGCUCCAGAUGCCUUGUUUUUUUUUAUUACAUGAUUUGGGUUUAUCACUAUUAUUAUAAGCUCCAAUAUUCAGCAGGGCAUUUUUGUGAGAUGACUUGGCAACCUUAUGACCCUGGAGCUGUAUUGAAGUAAAGCGCCCCUUUGAAAGCCAUUCUAGUAUUCAGAGGCUUGUGUAUCUAUGCAUUGCAUUCUCUUCUCCAUUCAUUCUUCUACUUUUAGAUCCUCAGUAAGGCUUUCACACAGGUUAUCUGUAACCUGAGAACAACUCACAUGUGGGAACUUACUCAUGCAAAUAACAAGAAAUGAAAAUAAGUUGGGGCAGGAGCCCUCAAGGGGAAGUACCUUUCUGGAAAGCCCCCAGCAGUAACUAUCUUAAUAAACAUCUGUUGCUAUUAAAGGGGCUGAAUUUUCUCCUGAUUAUCUGACUGAUUCCCCUCAUGUGCCCUGAACUCUUAAAGUAGGAAAGUCUUUAGUGGAGUUUUGUAAUGCAAGCUUCACAUCUGGCUUACUCCUGGAGUCUAGACUUAAUGGUCUAUGGCUCUGAAAUCAGUAGGCAUGGUGAGCCACUCUCACUUUUUGUAACUACAAACUACUUUACAUAGAUCUAUAUUGAUUGCGGAGCUGUGGAUAAAAACAAAGCUGAGCGGUCAACGUUUAUAGUUUUAAACUUUCAAGAUAAAAUUUCCCUACAUGCAUCAACACUGAACACCAUCCAAUCAGCACUAGAACUUUACUUAAUAUAGUUAUGGAGGGGAAGCCCACUCAGCACCAAUAUUUCCAAAAAAUCCCAAGCCCAUGGCAUGCGCAGUGCUCAAACAUCCCUAUAGUGGCUACUUGUAGACAUCUGGUUCUCCAAUACAUUUAUGGUUCUUGGAAAUCUUGUGUGUGUGUAUAAGUGUGUAAGUUUUGUUUGUUUUUGAAGUUCCUAGUAUUACUCCUUUUAUUCUGGAAUUUGAUAGAUAACAGUGGUUACAUCUGACUUUCUAGAGCUUUUUCAUGCAGAUACUUCCAAAUUUGAUAGGUUUACUCUUCAUCUGGAGAUUGUCCAGUUGUAACACUUCAUUAGCCCAACCAAACAUGUUUAUUUGUAUUAUGUUAACGUUGUAAUAACUGUAAAGUGAUUGGCUCUGAACUGCAGGUAUUUACAUUCCCAUCUGGAAUGGUACCAGACACACUUGGCUAAGGAAGUCUUGAGUUUCUGCUCAGGGAGUAGGGCAUUGGUUAAUACAAAGCAGUAGUGGGCUCCCGAACUUUAACAGCAGCAAUGUGUGUUGUUAACUUCUUGCAGUCUUUUGGAAAAAAAGUGGUUAAGGUAUUUUUGACUGUUGUGUGGCUUACAGUACAUAAAGGUUUUUACACAAUUUCUUAGUGAGCAGUUGUUCAUUCUGUUAAUGGCAGCGUAUAAUUUGUGGCUCAGCAUGGGGAGAGGGAACCAUUCAGUAAAGAGAAUAAAGCUGCUUGUCAACUCUCAUUCCCAGUGUAUACUUCUAGUCACUAUGAUGUUAGAGUAAUCUCUCUGAUUUGUGUAUUUAUCUCUAGUGUCAUCAGACAUUGUACUAAUACCUUUUGUUAACUUAAUCUCAGUGGUUCUGAUCAUUUUAGCAAAGUCUGAUCCAGCAAACAAUGACAUAGGGAACUAACCACACACUGUUGAGGCAGAGUCUUUAUAAAUAUUAAUUUCUCCACUAAUGCUUAGUCAUUAAAAAACAACAACCUGUUCUCCAGUAAUGUAAAGCAUAAAAGAAGCAAGGGUCAACAGUAACCAAUCUGUUCUGGUUGGAGCAUAAAGAGUCAAUGAUCUUUCUGUCCGAUUCAUCUAUUCCUGGUAUCCAAUGCACUUGUCCCAAUUAGAGCAAGGAUUUAUGCUUGAGCAAUGGAACUUUCCCCCUUAUGUUCUCCCUGCCCUCACCAGAUCUGCUCUGGAGAGUUGGGGUAACCCCUGUAACAGAUUAAGGGGCUGCAAAGUAGGAGAAGAGGGGGAAAGUUCCCUUUCACAUGCAUAAAUCUUUCUUAAAUGGAACAAGUUCUGUAGUGCUACAUUCGAAGCAUGCAUUUGGCACAAAUAGUUUGAUAGAGCAUAUACUGCAGAAGAUGCACCAGCCAAAACAGGUUUUCAAAGAAUGGCUAUGUUGUGAGAACAGACACUAUGGCAGAAGUAUGGAAUGUCUAUCUGAUGGGUUUCCAGGUAGUCCUUCCACAAUAUACUUCAUCGCGACUGGUUCUUGGUAGGCAAGAAUAAAUAUCUGAAGGCAGAUGCUUUCAUCAGAGUGUCAUAAAUUUUAUGUUACCACCAGUUGCUAAACAUUUAUUCUAAGCUUCCCCUGUCCUGCAGAAAACAAUUUUGGUACAACUCUCGCCAACAGUCCUGGGACUCUUUUUGGAAGGAAGGAAAUGGAAAGUGACAAUGGAGGAAAGAGGGAGGAGGUGUAAGCAACAGGGAAAGAAGGGGAAAGUGGCCUGGAGAAGAUGUAUAAGUAAGGGUGCCAGGGGGAGGACUUGACACAGUACAAAAUUCUUCACUUUUUACUUCUUAUAAUUUUCUCACCCACCUCAUGUUUUAUUAAACCUCAUGUCCAGCUACACAAAAAUGUAGUUCCUACUGAACAGUCCUCACCCACCCAAGUGUAAUUUUUUUAAAUAAAAAAAUGCCUCUCUGCAUGUUAGAAUAAACUCUGACCUGACUGGCAUUUUUGAAAUUCCAUUCAGACUAACAAUAAUGCUGAAAUAAAGGAUUAUUGAAAUAAAGGUCCUGCCACUUGUAGCUGAAAAGCUGUAGCACCACAAGAAAAAUGUCAGGUCUGCUUCGUUGGUAGAUGUAGAAGCAGCAAGGAGUGACAGAAAGAGCUUUUAAACACUUGCAUGAAUGAAAUAUGGGGUGAGGAAGACGGUUGCCGGCUUCUGUUAGCACCCAAUUCCCUAAGCAUGUGUGAAUCUGAAUCUUAGCCCACAGAGUGACAGUGUUCUUGACUACAGGCAUCUCCCCACUUGCUCACGGUCAGCAUGUGACAUAUGUGGGCCCACUGACACACACACCGAAAACAGCGCUGCAGGGGGUGGUGGGGCAGAAUGGACUGGGGCAGGGUUGGAAUGGGGGAAUACCCACUUGUGUGCGAACCAGAAUGGAGCCCCCACAUAAGUGAGGAUUCUCCUGUACUUACCCAUGCACAAGCAUGGUUGCUCACAGUAGGUAGAAAUUGCUACCAUGUUGGCAGAGGUGGAUUUAGGGGAGCGCCGCUGGUUUGGUCACACUAGGCAUGAAGCCUUGAUGCUGCUGCAGGGGAUGCCGCAAGCAUGAUUCAGAAUGGAGCACCAGACGCGAGGAGGCGAAUUUUGGUGUCGCACUGGGCGCCACUGCAAUGUGAGAUCCCAAAGUCCACUGAUGUGAUGAAAGUGAUAUGUGCUGGAAUGAAAUUGGUUCUUGGUCUCUUGAUUUCUCCUCCUCCUUUUGUAGGUUGGUGAUGCACUUCGAGUUAUUGGGCAAAAUGCACAUGGGCAAGUGGUCUGUUAAAAUGUUGUUUCCUAGUGACUUUGUGGACUUAACUUUUGGAAUAGCCUUGCAAGUAUUUGAAAAAUAAAAUGCUGGUUCCAGUUGUUUAGAUUUAAUCAAACACAGAAUUAUACGCCCAUAAAUAUGUAUUGGAAACCAAGGAUAAGACAUCCAUAUAAAAUGAACUUGAAUAUGCCCAUGUGUGCUCUGGAGCUAUUCUCCUUAAGGUAGGUAGACUUGGGCUUAACACUAUGCUUCUGAUUUGGACAUGGAAGCAUACCCAGGAAAGUAAAGACAUGAGGGGCAUUUUGCAGUGCUUGCCUGCCUUUACUGAGAGAAUAAGAACAGUCAUAGAUAGCUGCAUGCAGAUAGCUGAUGUUACAACUAGCCAUGGGUUACAAUCGUUAGCAGGUGGGGUAAGUGUCUGGGUAUUCUUGACCGUAUCCCAACCACAGGGGAUCUCAUUCCCAAUGUUUGCCCCAUUGGCUGCGCUCAACCUGCUGCUGCUUCAGUUCUGCAAGGUUUCCCAGUGCUAAUUGCAACCGUAAGGAUAGUAUUAGUUGUUUUCUGUCUACAUGAAACGGUUGUACUUUACAAAUUGUUCCCUAGAUAGUAAAAGCUUUACAAGAAUCUCUCUCUGUGUGUGUGUGUUUAGAGCUGAGAAAUAAUUGACCUGUGACUUUGGCAAGGUGUACCAUCAUGCUUAUGAAAGGAUGUGGGACGUGAGGCAUAGACACUGAUUUUGUUUCACUGGUAUCCUAUUUUUAUAAAUAUUAUGAAUCUAAUCCAGUGUUCUUUUUUUAUCCUGAGUUCUAUUAGGUGAAUUAUUAUCAAUAGCAGGGAUGAUCUUUAUGAGCAACAUGUAAUUGAAUGCAUAGUCUCAGGGGAGAAAGUCCAUAAUGAACCCUAGUCAGAGGAUUGAUCAAUAGUAAGAACCAGCUAUUAAUCAACUACUUUAAUUAGACUUGCUAUUCUGAAAUGCUUCAUUUCUGUACAAGUACCACUGUUUCUGGGACAAAGCAUUUUUCUUUUCAUUGGGGUUGGAGGGGGAAUCUAACAGUGACUUGAAACCAGAUGCUAUAUGGCUAUAGACCAUGUGAUUGGUGGCUCAAAUAAAUGUGUUCAGGUAGCCUUUGACCUCAUGUCUUUUGUAUGCCCUCACAUUAUAUUUACUUAAUGGAUUUUGCUGGGCAGAAGAUAUAAAAGCAAUUAGAACCUAGACGCAGCCUUUUAUAUGUAAGCAAUUUGUGACAUCUGAAUUAGUCUCCCCCCCUUUUUUUUGCAGGAGUUACACCUGCCAAAAAACCAGCAGCCUUGUGCUGCUUUUCUAUAGUCCCCCACCCCAAAAUAGAAGCCUGAGAGCUUCUUGCCAUUCUAAAACUUGGGUUAGGGAAAGUGGGUCAAUAUGAGCGGUCUUUGUUCCAGUGUUUAAUGACUAGGGUGCCCAAAGCAGUAGCCUUAAAUUGAUAUUUUUUCAAUGCACAAAGCCAAUUAUGGCUUUUUGCUCCUUACAAGUAUUUUUAAACUGUUCUUGAAACACGCACAAUGUGAGGAAUGUGAUCUUGAGGUAAGACACAAUUGUAGUUGUUGCUGCAGUAUGAGCCUGACUUCCUAGAACUCAAGUGCCAAUUCAGGGUAGUUUUUCUCUUACCCUCCCUUUAUGCUGAUCUAAAAAACAAAAUGCAUACAUUGUGAGGCCUCUCUUUUUUGGCAGACGACUCGCUCUUUGAAAUACUGUAACUUUGAAGUUGCAUUAGAAUAUCAAAGGCAGCUUGUUGUGCUUACUAAUUCUAAAAAUACAGUUUCUCCUGCCACUUACGAGGUUUAUACUUUAAACGGGGGAAUAUCUGCCUGAACAGAUACACACCAAAUCUUUGCUCUCUGUGUCUUACUGUCUAUGUAGCUUUGUCUUCUGUUUUGACUCCAGGAAAAUAGGUACUCAUGUUUUCUGGUUGCAUGCCACCAUGGCAGUGACUUUGCAUGAAUGUGAAACAUGUAUUGCUUUGUAGGAAAGCUGUUGGGUGGAGAAGUGAACCUUUAAAAUAUUGAGAAUAAAGUGUGUGUUUUUUUAACAUGGACUUUGAUCUGAGUAGGAGAGUUAUGGUAAUGCAACCACCCAUUGUGUUGAAACUGAGGCAUCUCCCUAAAGGUCUUAAUUGUCCCAAGUAGGCAGAAUGUUUAAAACCUCAUCAUUUGUGUGGUUGGUGUAGGAUCAUUUCUAGUUAAAAUGGCCUGUGGAUAGGAUACUUGCAGUACUGUGCCUGUUCAGUCACCCCACCCUGGUUAGCUUUAAUAAGCUAGGAUGGACAGGGCUCUAAUGUGGUUGGGCGCAUCAGCUAGAAGGCCUCAGGUAGAUACUGAAACUAUAAUUCUGGAAAUAACUCAUUGUAGGUAUAUGACAUUGCUGCCGCCAUGGGGGCUGCUCCCUGCUGCAAGGCUCAUUUAUUAUAUUGUCCAGUGAUAUCUCCUUUUUGGUCUGAAGUUCCUGUCCCUAUGAAUCUUGUACUUGCAAAAUCAUUGAUAUUUGCAGGUGUUAGUGUCCUUUUAAAUUAUAUCCCUGCAGGAUGGGGACGAGUGGCAGGACAACAGUGGAUUUUAUAUGGUUGCUAAGUGACUUAUACUUUGAGCUUAGAAGGGUAAAUGCUCACCAUCAAUGGUCUAAAUACCAUAAUGCCCUUGCUACAACUGAGCAUAUUUUGUUUGAAUGCAUACACAGACAUUUGGAUGGCAUAGAUCAAUCUGUAUAUGCAAAUUAGGCUGAAUGCAUUGGUGUGAAUGUGAGGAUGAUUUUGUGUGUGUUUUUCCUUUUGUGCGUGGUUGUGCGUGUGUGUCUCUUGUUGUCUCUUUUUUAAAACAUAAAUUUUCAAUGGGCCUCUCUUAACAACACUUACCACCUAUAACAAGGAUUCUUUGGGAGAACCUAUGAUUGUUUAAACGGGUAUGAUACCACUUUAAAUGUGUAGUGCAUAUGGGGCCCUAAAGUCACACCUUCUAUUGCAGAGAGGUCAUUGGUGCCCCCGUCUUUUCACUGUUAAUGGGCUGAAGAUAGCUAGUCUUCCUUAUUUAGUCUGUUGCUUUGUCUUGGGGCAUAAGUAAUGAACAUGUGUUAACUAUUCAAUAAUUGGAUGCUAUAACUCAGUAAGGUGUAUAGUGUGAUUCUGCAAACCUGAAGCCAGUGAGGGUUAAAGAUUCUUCUUGAAAAGACAGAAGUAAAAUCAGUUAAGGAUUUGCAGUUACAUUUGGCCAGGGCUGCGUUUCCCCUUAAAAAUCAAGUUUUCCUUGUAUGACUCCUUUGGAACUGAGUGCCACUAUGGGAUGUCAAAGUGGCAUCAGUGGUUAGGGUCUCUCUUCAGUUGAUUAUGUCAGCUGCUUCCCUUUCUGGAGAAAACAGACCUGGCCAUGGUUAUUCAUACUCUUUACUCUACUUACACCCAAAUUAUAUUGUGUACUGUGCCCUAGUUGAGGCUGCCUUGAAAAGUGUUCGGAAGCUUCAGUUGACUCAGAAUAUGGCAAUGAGAUUGUUUUUCUGACGGAAGGCAGACAGUAGUUCUGAUCAUACCACCCCAAUGCUGUUCCAACUGCAUUGAUUGACAACAUGGUACUGGGUCCAGUUCAUUGUGGUGGUCAUGAUGGGGGAUUGCUUUGUUCCACAUCCACUCUACAUGUUUCAGGAGAAGCCCUGUUGAUUUGGCUUCUUGUAAUCAGAAAUGUGAUUGGUGGGAGCAUGUGAAAACAACACAGUAGCCAGUCUCAGAGAGCCAAUGUGGUGUAGUGGUUAGGAGCGGUAGACUCAUAAUCUGGUGAACCGGAUUUGCAUCCCCGCUCCUCCACAUGCAGCUGCUGGGUGACCUUGGGCUAGUCACACUUCUCUGAAGUGUCUCAGCCUCACUCACCUCACAGAGUGUUUGUUGUGGGGGAGGAAGGGAAAGGAGAUUGUUAGCCGCUUUGAGACUUCUUAGGGUAGUGAUAAAGCGGGAUAUCACAUCCAAACUUCUUCUUCUUCUUCUUCUUCUUUCCUCCCCAAAGAGGUUUGUUUGUCUACCUUUCUGCUCUCGUCAACAAGUGGCUAAAGCAAAAUUCUAAGAGAGCUUUUGUUCAGAAAGCCAUUUCACACUCGGAGGGAAUACAGAAAGUUAAAAAAAAUAUGAAGCUGAGAGAGUGAUGAUGGCUGCUUUUUGCCAGUUCAUACCUGGUUACAAGAUUGCAACCUAUAUUUUGGGGUUUUGCUCUGUUUUUAUAAAGCAUCUAAAAUUGCUAGGUGCUUUACAAAAGCAAACAUAGCACGCGCCCUGCUUGUAUGCUUAUACCAUAACAGCUAGCUAGCUAUUUAAUGUAUUUAUAUCGCACCUCUUCAAGGAGACUUGAAUCCCGACUUUGGAGAAAGUUAAAAUAAAAGAUAUCGGGGAGGUAAGGGGAUCCAUCAAGGGUUGAGAAGCCAAUGAGAUGUCCUAUAGAGAUUCUAAAAUGGAUGUCACUGGGCAUUCCAAAGUAGCUGUGUGGGGUGGGGUGGAAACACAGGUAAGGGAUCAACAGCUAGUUGGGUUAGAAUAUUGGUACCUUGAAAGUUGUGGAGUUCAGGGAGGAGUGUAUAGGAAGAAAAGAGCAGAUAGAUAUACAGGAGGAAACUGUGGAGACAUUUCAAGCAAGUACAAUAACUUUUAAAGUCAGGGGAUCCAGUGAAGAAACUGGUGCAAAGGAAUAAUAUGAGCCGAAAAUAGCAAGCAGCCAGAUUGAAGUCGGAGUGGAAAGGCUAAGAGAGAAGGAAAACCAACAAGAAGAAUGUUCCAAUCAGUGCAGGAAACAGAAGAAUGAAUUAAAAUGUUAAUAAAGUCAAGUAUUCAAGUUCUUUAAAGAUUCUGAACUUGGUGAACAAACAUCAGUAUUAUCAAGAACAACUGAAAGUGAUGGUAAGGGGUAGGAGGAAAAAGUUCUCAGUUUUGGUAGAGUCAAGCUUUAAGAAAACUCACUAGUUCAGCUGUCAUUUUGUCAGCAUGUUGUUGAGGCUGAACUUCUGUGAUGCUGCUUGGAAGGUCUGCUACAGAGUGGUACACCUCCAGCUUCUCCAGUGUUUCUGUUUUGUCCGCUGGCCAUAAAAGCGUACAAAAGUUUCAAAGGCCCCAAAUGUUUGAGUUGCCUUAUGUUCUGCUAAUGACUGCUGAGGGCAAGCCUGUGUAUCUGUUUUAUACCUGAGUCAGGCUGCUCUAUUUGAAGACCUGUCCACAACUUGCAGCGUCUUGCUGAAACUCUGUAGAAGUUACCUUCCUGGGCUCACCUAUGAGCAAUGAAGCCAGGACCUUAAUGGUUGUCAAAAUGGUUGCCUUCAUGUUACAUGAAUUGGAAGAAGAGUGGGAGGUAGGGAACGACUGACAGACAGCCACACCAGGAAAGUCCCUUUGUAAUAACUUGAGCUUUGAACUAAAUUCUGUGAAUAAUCCUAACAUCUGUUCUGACAGGUUUAGUCAAACAAUUUUGAUUAAAUGACUCAUUCACAGCUUGUGGAGUCAUGAAUAUGAAGCUAUAGAAAGACUUCAUAGUUACAGCCCUUUUGGUCAGAGAGGGACUGUUGCAUUGUCAUCUUUGUCAUGAUUGCAUUGACCGUUCCCCACUUCCCACCCUCUGUCUGCGAGCUCUUGCCAGGUCUGUUUGUUGCUUCUCUUUCAUCUCGAUGAAAUGCCUUUUUCCUCCCUUCAUUUACAGCUGUCAAGUCGUGUUCCCUCCUGGGGUGGGAGUGCUUCCAUAUAUGAUCAUCCUUAAAAGUAUUUUUAUGUGGGGUGGCUGUUGAAUUACUUGUUUCCUUGGUAUGUGUAGCAAUCUUAAAGCACAUGAUUCAAAGCAAGCUUUUUACUCCCUAACUUGCAUUCUGAGUUUAAUUUAGAACAACUCGACUUCCUUCAGAGGGGAACCGUAAGCUAUACUGCCCUUUCUUGACUGUAGUUUUGGCCUUAGACACUUUCACACCUGAAGCACAGACUACACAGUACUGGUGCUCAUUUCUAGGACACAUAUUUCCUGACUGUAAGGAGGUUUCUUCUCUUGAGAGCCAGAAGUUCCAAGAAGCUGGAUGCUGGGCUCUGACUGGACCUUACUUUCACAUAGAUGUGCAGGCAUUGCACCCAGUGUUCAUAUCAUCUGUCUAAAUGUGUACACGGGAUGAUCUGUAUGCAUGUAUAAGUGUUCAUAUGGGGGUGGUGGUUAUUGGAUUGUUCUUUUUAUUUUGAGUAUGUAUUUUGUGGUUUUCUAUUUCUUUAUUUUGUGAAAUGCCCUGAGACCUCGAAGUAUAGGGCAGUAUAUAAAUUCUAUUACUAUUACUAUCAUCAUCAUUAUUAUUUAUUAUUUAUUUUGUAUUGAUGUGGCAUUAACAACAGUUUUUUGCCAUUUUAAAAAAUUAAAAAACUUAAUAAUAAUAAUAAUAAUAAUUUAUUUAUACCCCACCCAUCUGGCUGAGUUUCCCCAGCCACUCUGGGUGGCUCCCAAUCAGGUGUUAAAAACAAUACAGCAUUAAAUAUUAAAAACUUCCCUAAACUUAAAUAUACAAAUAUUCAAAUAUUUUAUUUCAUUGCAUAAUUGCUUAAAUAUACAAAUAUUUAUAAUAUCAGAAAGUAAUACUAAUCUCUCAUAUAUAUAUAUAGAGAGAGAGAGAGGAUUAAUAUACUAGGGUCUGUGCCCCUGAUUGCAUUGUUUAUCACUCUGCAUAAACUCAUCCCCUCACAGCUUACACUCAGCAGUGGUGGUUAGCGAGAUGGUAUGUGUGUGGCUCUGUUGCUUUCCUGGCUUCUUGGGCUCUAUCUUUUUAAUGCUUGUGGGUGACUGCAAGCUAUGUUGUCUUAAAGCACCUGACAAAUGAAUGCGAAUCCAAUGCAAGAGUGAUUUCUUCCCAUCAUUUUGUUUUCACCAGCAGAUAGGCUGCCAAAUUUUCAAGUACUUAAAACUUUGCUACUGCCAACAAGAAUGUAUUGGUCUUACCUAGAGAACACCAAAAGGUUGUCAAACUGUAAUUUGUACAAAGUGAUCCUAGUCACACUGCUGUAUCAAAACUUCAGAACUCAAGAGCAUCCUGGAACUCGGAGCCUGAGCAGUCAAAGAACCUAAUCAUGGCAGUGUGUCCAUAUCUUCCUUUCUUGCUCUCCAGUCCCCUGAGCCUGCUAAAAGUCAUUGCUUUAGUCCGGACUUGGUUUCUGCUGGCUCACCUACAAUUCCAAGUCAAAUCCUGGAUAUGCAGGACCUUGGUUGUGAAAAGUGAAGAGACAGGUGGUGGUAGCGCUUGGAACCAAGCUCAGCAUCUUUAUGUAACCCACAUAGUUGCACUGCACUGUAGAGAAGCAAGACUGCUGCCUAUAAGAACCCGCGUGGCUGGUUAUAAUUCAGCCAUUCCUGGGUAGCAGUGAUACAAACAUUCUGGAAUGUAACCCUCUGAAAUUUUUUGGUUAUCUAAAUCGGAUUUCUCCACAAAUUAUUCCAGAUUAAUGUUGCAUUGUCAGUGUGGUGUAGUGGUUAAGAGCGGUAGUCUUGUAAUCUGGGGAACCGGGUUUGAGUCUCCGCUCCUCCACAUGCAGCUGCUGGGUGACCUUGGGCCAGUCACACUUCUUUGAAGUCUCUCAGCCCCACUCACCUCACAGAGUGUUUGUUGUGGGGGAGGAAGGGAAAGGAGAAUGUUAGCCGCUUUGAGACUCCUUAAAGGGAGUGAAAGGCGGGAUAUCAAAUCCAAACUCUUCUUCUUCUCUUCUUACAUCUAUAUGGCUAGACUAUAGUAGUAUCACCAUUCUUAGUGUAAUCCUGGAGCCAUUUCUUUCUCACAACCUUGCUGCUCACCCUGGGGGUGGGUAUAUGAUCACAUUGUUUAUGGCUAUAUCAGUCCCCAGGAAACUACUUGCCAGGCGUCAGCGAAGGUUGCAUUCAUUCUCUAUGCAGAUGGAAACUAUACAUGAGAAAGAGCAUUUGCGGGUGCUAUGGGCUUAAAAGUAACUCUGUUUUUUCUUUUCUCUCUGCAGUCCUACUUCGUUACAGAUUAUGAUCCAACAAUUGAAGAUUCUUACACAAAACAAUGUGUGAUAGAUGAGAGGGCAGCAAGAUUGGAUAGUAAGUUGUUGUUGAUGAUGAUGAUUGACCCUCUACAGAAUUUUCACUGGCCUAUAGAAUGUAUGUUUGCUCUCUUGUUGAUACAGGUACUAAAACUGAUUUUCCUUAACUUUGUAUAGAGACUGUAAUAACUUUGUGAUCUAGCCGUUUACUAGGCCAAGCCUUUCUCCCUUUCUUUUGUGGUACAGUUUUCAACCUCUUAAUAUAGAAGCUAAAGGCUUAACCAGAUGUGGGUAUCUGUAUAUUAAAUUGCUGGCUUGCCAACACUAGGCUGUGGUGUAGGGUUAAUUUAUAAGGUUAAACAGGGCAGGCAUGGGAUGGGAACAACAUCUGCCCCUUCCUGAGCUCUGCUGCUUUAAGGCACAUCGCCCCCCUCUCUCACACACUACCUCGCUAGCCUGUAAAAUUAACUAGCUUCUUGAUUUGCUUAGUCCUAGAUACAGCAGGCCAAGAGGAAUUUGGAGCUAUGCGGGAACAGUACAUGCGAACAGGAGAAGGCUUUCUGCUUGUUUUCUCAGUCACAGAUAGAGGAAGGUAAGGCAAAAAACAAAAUUGCUGCAAAAUGUGCAUCAAUACCUGGAUUGUGUAGGGGCAGAGCUAGAAUAACACUAAAUGGGGUUGUGGCUUGCAACAUCCUGAAUUAACUGUAGGUUCAGAAUCCAGAGUUCUGCCUGCUCAAGAGAAUUGCAGACUUGUGUUAUUUGAAAAACAGUCCCCCUGCCACAUGAUAAAUCAAACCACUUUUUUGGGGAGUGGGGAUGGGGGUGGAACUCAAGAGUUUUUCAAAAUCAUGUUGGCAUUUUAAAGGAAGGUAACACAAUUCUAGUGGGUGAAUACAAGGUCUUGGGAUGCCUGCUGGGCUGGUGGGUCUGUAUGUGUUAUCUUCAGUUUGCAUCUCAUCUCUGCAGCAAAUACUUGUUAGAUGGCCUUAGGCAAUCCUUAACUGUGAAGCUGUGGAUUCUUAGCAUGCUGCUGCUGUUUAUUUAUUAUUAUUAUUAUUCCAGCUUUGAAGAAAUCUAUAAGUUUCAAAGGCAGAUUCUUCGAGUAAAAGAUCGUGAUGAAUUCCCUAUGAUUCUAGUUGGCAACAAAGCAGACCUGGACCAUCAGAGACAGGUAACCUAUUGGCAAUAGUCAGAGUUUGAAAAAGGGCUCUCCCUUUUUCGAGGGAACUUCCAUAACUCGGUGGCAUAACUUUUGCAUGCAAGUCCCCAAGUUCAAUCCUUGGCAUCUUUGCACUGGGGAAAACUCCUGUUUCAAACCUUGGAGAGCCACUAUUAAACAGGGCAGGUUGGAAUUGUAGAACAUUUUCUCUCUCUUGAGAACCUCAUUCCUUCUGGGAUAAUUGGCCAUGGAACCCAGGCCAGCAAUAGUUGGUGGGAUCAGAGCCAAACGUUGGCAGAGAUGGAACCAAAUGCAGUCAGGGCACCCCUUCUCUUUCUGCUCUUCCCAUUUCACCUCUCAUUGACAUCAGCAUGAAAUAAGAUUAAUGGCCAUAUAGUAUGAGGUUGAUGCCAUGUGGAAUUGGGUUGAAGCCAUAUGCCUAUCUCUAAUCUAGACAUUCCUGAGCUAGAUAAAGUGGUCUGACUUGGUAUAAGGCAGUUUUCUUAUACCAGUAAUUGCAAGAAGAUGAUUGUGACAAUAAAUUCCACAGUCAGCUGGAUUAGGCCACAGGAUAUGCUCUCAUGAAAUUGGUAGGCCAAGCCAUUAUUGUGAAUUAUCCCUUUCCAUAUGACUGAUCUGUAGUUUUUUUGGGAGGAGACACUCUGGUGAUGAACAAAUCCCUUUUGUCAAUGACAUUUAGCAUCAAGCAGCUAUAAAGGAGAUCUGACAGUACUUGUUUGGAGGAAUGGGUGCUAAGAUAAGGGCAUCUGUAGUGGAUACAUGCAUGUUCCCAUAAAGAGGCUUGACACUUAGGAAGUGGCUUAGGAAACUGGUCUUCCUGAUUAUAAUGUUGCACUUUCUACGUUAACUCAGCUUGUUCCCUGAGUAAUUGCCAUAUGAAUGAUUCAGGUCAAAAUCUAUGAGGAUGAGACAAUGAUCCAUGACAUCAUUAUCAAGGCAUGAGUCUCUCUUCAAUUAUGUUUACAACACUUGCCAUACCAACAAUUACUCAUCCCAUGAGAGUGUGCCCAGGAGGACCAUCUCUUAAUAGCUAGUGUAACCUCCAGUAAAAGGGGGGUUUCCAUUCUGAAUGCAAGAAGUCAAGUUGUCGCUUUUAUGAACAAGUAUGUAUUCUUAUUUCCCAUCUGUUUGGAUCUUGCAAACUAUUCAAGCACUAUCUACAACUUGAAAAGUACUUUGAGAGCUGGCACAUUAUCAAGACUAUUCCAGAACCCUAAACAAAUGUCUGUGUGCUGUGCUCAGCUCUGAGGUAGCUGAAUCCUAUGGCAUAUAUCUUGCCAUACAAUGAAUACACUGAACACAGUGAGUGGCAUUCACUUAACUUGUUUGAUCAAUGCAAGGAUUUCUGCUUGUGCAACAUACCUCCUCCCCUUGCACUGUCACACUGAGUUAGUUGGAUACCACCAAUGACGUUAUGUGGAAAUUCAUGCACAUCAAGGCAAAUUUAUUUAGGGAAGCUGCAGUACUGGAAUAGUAACUAAUGUGGGUCAGGUGGAGUGGCUUGCCAUACCUUCCUUUAUAAUUUAUGAAUGGUUUUAUGUGUUUUCUAAUUGCAAUAGCUUGUAAGCACACUUUCUGUUGUUUUAACCCCGCCUGGGACCUUAUGGAAAAGUGUUGGUAAGAAAUCUUUUAAGUAUAUAGUCCCCGCCCCCUUCCAUACCUUCUUAAGGAGAGACGUGUGUGUUACAAAUGUCCCCAGCAUGAAGCAAGGAGGUCACUUAAUUAUGUGCUGAGAGAAAUGUUGCCUAAUAAAGGCACUGCUUUCCCUGUAGGAUCCAGUAACUGCAGGAUCCAAUAGUUCAAAUUUUCCUAAUAGUUUUAAUAUUCCAAUUUUUUAGCAUAGUGACUUGGGCUGCACAAGUAGAGGGUAGGCGUUAUUGGAGGAAGUGGCGCAAGAACUCAAUUUAGACCCAGUGUUCAAGUUUCAGUUCCACAGUGCAUUGUCUACUACAGUGGUAAAGGUAAAGGUACCCCUGCCCGUACGGGCCAGUCGUGUCCGACUCUAGGGUUGUGCGCCCAUCUCACUUAAGAGGCCGGGGGCCAGCGCUGUCCGGAGACACUUCCGGGUCACGUGGCCAGCAUGACAAAGCUGCUCUGGCGAACCGGGACUAGCGCAGCACACGGAAACGCCGUUUACCUUCCCGCUUGAAAGCGGUCCCUAUUUAUCUACUUGCACUUAAGGGUGCUUUCGAACUGCUAGGUGGGCAGGAGCUGGGACCGAAAGACGGGAGCUCACCCCACCGUGGGGAUUCGAACCGCCGACCAUGCGAUUGGCAAGUCCUAGGCACUGAGGUUUUACCCACAGCGCCACCCGCGUCCCACUACAGUGGUACCUUGGGUUAAGAACUUAAUUUAUUCUGGAGGUCUGUUCUUAACCUGAAACUGUUCUUAACCUGAGGUACCACUUUAGCUAAUGGGGUCUCCCACCACCACCACACAAUUUCUGUUCUCAUUCUGAAGCAAAAUUCUUAACCUAAGGUACUAUUUCUGGGCUAGCGGAAUCUGUAUCCUGAAGCGUCUGUAACCUGAAGCAUCUGUAACCCUAGGUACCAUUGUACUCAUGAUGACCUAUCAAUUACCUCCAGCUUCAGAGGCAGUAUGCUACUGGACACCACCUGCUGGGGACCAAAGCCCAGGAGAGAGCCAUUAUUUUCAUGCCCUGCUAAUGGUGUUUUUCAAAACAGCUAGUUGGCUGCUAUGGAGAAGCAGGAUGCUGGGCUAGAUGGACCAUUGGUCUGAUCUGGCCGGGCUCCUCACAUUUUUUGUUAUCAUCUUAGUCACUGCAACAUUCAGGCUACUGAUCUGAGGCCAGUGUUUAGUUGCAACACUUCAGUGUAUAAAUUCUACAUUCAAAGUUUAUAUGGAAACAAUUUGAUUCUAAGCCUUCUUAGGCUCUGUCUUCACAUUUUCAAACAUACAGAGCUUUGGGCUCUAAAUUUUAAAAAUGUAUUUGUAUUCAAAUAACAUAUUGACAAAGACCAGAGUUGAAGAAGCCUUUGCACAGGACUGCAGUGCCGAUAAUAUGCAAAAAUUGCUGUAGGUGAUGAGAGUAUUCAUUAGGUAAGUCAGCCAAUUGGAAAGCACCAGUAGAUUGCUGAAUGCGUAUCCUAUCUCGGCUUGUUUUCAGGUAAUGCAAGAGGAAGGUCAACAACUAGCAAGGCAGCUGAAGGUAACAUAUAUGGAAGCAUCAGCAAAAAUACGACUGAAUGUAGACCAAGCUUUUCAUGAGCUUGUCAGAGUUAUAAGGUAAGCCCAUGUAUUGUAAAUAUAUUGAAAUGCACUUUUGCAAAAAGAAAGGAAGAAAGAAAUGAAGCACAGCUUCCCUUUGAUAUUUCUGUAUCAAGGGGAUACAGUGCCUGAAUACUGUAACAAAAUGUAAACUACUAUGUUUUUGUAACACUAGAAUUAAUGUGAGUCACAUAGGAACACACAGUUUUUCUUUUUUCUUUGGGCAGAUGUGUAGCAAUUUCCCUUGCAUCUUGUUUAAAUGUCUCCACCUUGACACUGUUGUCACAGUAUGACUGGGUCAUUUAACAGUAUCAUGUAAUGGGGAAUGUUAAUGUUGCCAAGAGUUCCGGCGUGAAUUGUCCUAUAUAAUAUCUUUACCCCUGUGUUGUUAUAGACAAUGUAUUGUGGAACUGCAACAUUGACACUGGGCACUGACUCAGCUUGUUCUUGUACAGUACUACCCUUUUCCUUCAGGACAACACUGUGUUCAGUUCACCUUCUAAAAAUCUCCUUAAUGAGGAUAUGUAGUUUUUCUGUUAGCCUGACAUUGCCAGGAAAGCGUAAAGUGAGCCCUUCUCUUGUUCAUAGUCUAUCAGGGUAGAUGGAAAGCCUUUCGCUAUCUCAAGCUUCCUGUCUUUAAUAACAAAAAGACAAGUGUUAUAAGCAGGAACACUUGCUGUUUAAUGUAAAAUAUCUUGAAAAGCUACACACAUCAGACUCCGUUACUUUAACUUGAGCACAUUUUUCAUUCAGUAAUACUCCUGUUGGGAUGUGUUACCUAUGUUGCUGUUUUGAGUUCUAGCAAUCAACAACAUUAUACAAUCAAGCUGCACCUACACCAAGUGUGUAUUAGGAUACUCCAGGGACUUCUACGCCAUGGGACAGCUGUUGCUGUGCAUCUGGCCUCUAGAAGGGGUGAAGCCUUCAACCUAGGCUGUUUCUACAGUCCUUUCCAAGCAAGCAUUGGCAGAAGACACCAUGCUGUGGGACAAGAGGCUAGGAUGAGACAUUUCAAGUAUUGCCAACAGUGAAUGCUCCACAAAACCUGAUCGGAUCUCCACAAAACACAUCAGUCUGGGAGCUAAAAGGGUCUCUUUAUUCCCUCGAAUACCUCGGCUGCUUGCUGCAUUGCUGCAGUAAUAUCACACAUAUUCCUAAAAGAUGAAAUCUGCUUUCAUCUUCAGACCUAUGUAUAUUAAGAGAAAUGGACCAUGGUUUGUAUUGACAAUGCAGCUGUAUUUUUUAGCAGAGGAAUCUAGGGUCAGUUGAAAAGCAAAGUUAGUGCCCCUUUUAUAUAUGGAAUUGCAUUGGACUGGAGUUUAUUGUUUCUAUGGGCAUUUUUUGCUUCAUUCACAGGAAAUUUCAAGAGCAAGAAUGCCCUCCUUCCCCAGAGCCGACAAGGAAGGAAAAGGACAAGAAAGGAUGUCACUGUGUCAUCUUCUAAGAAUCCUCUGAACCAAGCUGUCAACUGCCAGAUUAAUUCUACCUUUCUGCCUACCUUUCUAUGUGUCUCGGUGUUUUGUCUAGCCUUAUAUGUGCAUGUCGUAUAAAUGGUCACCAAAGUAGCCUUAGGCUAAAAGAACAAGGCUGACCCAGUCUAGAAGACAUCUUAGUCAUCUCAGGGCAGAUGUCAAAACACUAAGGCUUCUUUUAAUACUUCCCAGUUUCUUUCUCCUCUUGUGUCAAGAAGCUUGCACCUUGUGGAGUUUUAUUCACAAAGGGAACAAAACAAUAUUAAACAAGGUAUUGAAGUCAAGCUUAAGCAUUGCUGGUAUGGGUAUUUUUUCCACUUGUGACAUCCGUAUUAAUCACACUUGAGAGGGAAUCCUCUGAUCAAAAUGUAGAGUAUUUUUUUAAAAAGUGGAUUUGAAGGUUUUACCCUUUAGUAGGUUAGACUUCAAAAUUCAGCUUGCCUUACAGGAAGCCAAUACACUGAAUUUCAUUGUCAGUAAAGAUUUUUUGUGUGUUUCAGCUCUUGUUUAUGCUGCAGCUUUUUCAGUGGUCAACAGUCUACUGUAUUUAUUUUAUGGCUCCAGUAACAGCUACAGGAUUUAUUAUUAUUACAACUAUGUGGCCAAAUACCUGUGCUCACUCUGGACUUGGGCAUUUGUUUCAGUUUUAGAAGAUUUUACAUCAUGGUUUGGAAUAAAUUGUGUCUUCCUUUUGUAUUUUCCAGGUAAGGGAUUCAAGAAAACGAAACCUGUAGCUGUUUUUUUGUUUUUUGUUUUGAUGUAAGAUAAAAAAAUAAAUGAAUUUUCUCUUUUCAUUGUCAGAUGAUUAAAUGUUUUUUGCUAUAUACUUUUAUACAUUAUUUUCUUAUCAAACUAGUUAACAAGUAUUUUUAUAUGUUUGUAAGCAAAUAUGCUUUCAUGGCAUAACGUGUAAAUGUAAAGAUGAGUAUUUAAUUCUCACAGUACACUUUUAACUGACAAAAUUAAUGCAAGAUCUGCAGAACUGUGGUAGAACCUCUUUUCUGUUCCAGUUGUAUACACCAGUGGCCGAUUAUGUGCCUGCCCGAUGUAUCUGUUAAACUGUCAUGUUUUUCAAAUUGCCUUCCAUACCCUUUACAAAUGACUGACCAUUAUGUGACUAUUAAACUGUACAAACCUUUACAUGAUUGUUCAGUUGUGAAUGCUGUUCAACUUUGAAUGACGCAAAAUGUAGCCAAAUAAUUCAGGCUUAUUCUGUGACAUUAAAUACUGGCUUGGAUUUGCAGUUUUUGUCACCGCACCAAAAGUAUAAAGCAGGUUAUUAAACAUACCCUUGCAUAGGUUCAGGUGCUAGAAUUAAAUAGGAUAUAUAGUCAGGGCUUUUUUUCCAGCAGGAGCUCAGUUCCGGCCCCUCUCAGGUGGGCACCAUUUCCAUUCUAAGAGAACAAGGAAGAAGUUCAUGGUGAGCUCCGGCAUCUUUUUUUCUAGAAAAUAGCACGGGAUAUAGUCAUUUAUUGGAAGAGAAAUUCCACUGUCUAUUUCCAUUUUCUUUUAAGCACUGGAUCAAGGUUUGGAGAGGAUAAGAGACCAGUUCCUGAAACAGUAAUAUGGGCUUACACAUUUUCAGGCUAAAAUAACUCAAGAGCUGUCUGAUUAAAAGAUGACAACCCAUCCUGGUGUAAAACAGUGCUCUGUUAAAUUGUUGCAAGCAGAUACUUCAUGGCUGUUGAAAUGUAACUUGAAUGUAGAACACUUUUAAAUUGCUUACAAGCAGAGGUUGCAUAAAGGGUUCUUUCCAGUUCAGUUGGAGCCUCUGCUACACUCGUAAAUCUUAUGCAGAAAACCUGUAAUCACACCACCAACUCUUUGGGAAAGAGAGUAAGGAACUAGAUUUAGCCCCAGCCCCACUCACCUUUUCCUUGGUCGGAAAAAAGUAUUUGGUACACAUUCACAUGCCAAUUACUUUGGAAUCUUCUGUUCAGUUUGUUUUAAGAGAAACCCCAUUGUGAAACCAGUCUUUCUGUGGUGGUAGAAUAUGUAAUAGUUGUAUCAGCCAGCAUGUUUCUUAACUUUCAACAUAUGAGCAGUUUCAAGGCACAAGUUCUGAUGAAGAUUCAGCCCUCUUCAUGUGCAGAGUUAAUUAUGUCCUUUGUUCCUCUCCCACCCUUCCAAAAGCACAGAUUACCUUAUCCAGAGCCAGAUAAGUUGGGACCAACUUUACAAGCGCUCUUGGCUAAUGAGCAUGUCACUAUGUAAGUAAAUCAUGGGAGAAUUGGCAAGGUAGUGCAUGUACAUUGUCUUCCCUUAUUUGUCUUGAAUCUUCAUUGAAGAGGAUUAGGAACAGAUCUUAGGCUCAUGUACUCAGUCCUUGAUCUUCCCAGACCUUAUUUGUGGUCCCUUCACUCACCUGUAUUGGUAUUUAUUAUCUCCUAGGGCCAGAAGAUAACUUUCGUAGUUCCCUUCCAACCACCAGUGGGAGGAGAGUAAUGCAUGAGCCUAAAGCCCACUUCCCAAAUCUUCCUGAAGAAUCUGAAUAGUCAUUUUUGAGAUUACCUUUUGCUUGCCAGGGCUAUAGGUAGGGGUGUGAAUGUGAGGGGAAGAGAGAACCUUUAACCUUGUGUGGUUGGAAUGUAGCUGUCAACCACUGGUCUGCAACACCUGGAAGGUUGUUCACUAGAAAAUGCAGGCCUCAGUUUGGAAAAGAUCCUUAACGGGAAGAAGCCAAACUCCUUCACCGCUUUGGAUCAACAACUAGGUACGCACUGCACAAGAUGGCUCUGUUUUGUGUUCCUGGGAUAGGUAAAAAUAAAUAAAAAUGGUCCCAUGAACAGUUGAAUCCAGUCAAAGACGACUGGGGUGUGAUGCUCAUUUCACUUUCAGGCCAAGGGAGCCAGUGUUUGUCCACAGAUAGCUUUCCGGGUCAUGUGGCCAUUAUGACUAAACCACUUCUGGUGCAACGGAGCACCAUGACAGAAGCCAGAGCACACGGAAACACUGUUUACCUUCCCCCUGCCGCAGUACCUGUUUUAUCUACUUGCACUAGUAUGCUUUUGUACUGCUAGGCUGGCAGAAGCUGGGACAGAGCAAUGGGAGCUCACUCCGUCGUGGGGAUUCGAACCACCUACCUUUGGAUUGACAAGCCCAAGAGGCUCAGUGGUUUAGACCACAGCGCCACUGCGUCCCUUAACUUACCUCCUGGGAUAGUAACCAACUAAACAGUUGGGUCUGCAACAGGACUUGCCUUCCCUCAUCUCCCUGCUCCCCACCCCAAAUAUGGGAGGAAACUCACAACAGAUUUAGGGGCACAUAGGGUAAGGAGGAGAAGUUAUGUUGGAUAGCCAAAGGUGCUUAAUGCAUUUGGAAAUUGUCCUGAUUUUUGAUAUCCACUUGUGGCAACUUAUUGUACAAACCCCAUUUUCAACCAGCUCUCUUUCUCUCUCUCGGAUCAGACCUACACCUUUUUAGUUAUCUGGUGGAAAAUGAGAUACUUCCAGAGUUGGGAAUUGUGUGGGUACAUGGGAAAGAAAAAACAAUUAGAAGCUUUGGGUUGAAUCCGGCUGCCUGUCUCCUUUCUCUUGCUUAGCCCUUGAUGCAGUACAUGCCUUCUGCUGUUCAGGUUGCUCAAUGAAGGGCAGAGAGAGAGAGAGACAGAUGUCUAGCAGUGCUGCAUCCAGUGCCCCUUCAGCUGGCCAGAAAGAGCAACUGGUGUCCCAGUUGUGUGCCUUUCUCAGCAACCACAGAAACUGGCUCUGGCUCCACUCAGUCGCUUCAUACAGGAUGGGAAAGGAUGCAGCCAAUAUCCCAGCUGUUCAUGCAGGGCAACUGCAGCAGCAGCAGCACAAUACGUAAACUGGAUUUGACAGUCUCCUGCAUUUAGUCUGAGUUCCCCUGUCUGUCUGUCUGUCUGUCUGUCUGUCUGUCAAGGGGCGAAUGACCUCAUUUCAGUAUGCAUGCCCAAUAAGAAUUGUGAAGAUUGAAAGCAUUCUGU